UCGGGGUAAACACUCCCAGCACGAUUCUGCGCACACACGCUAGGCUUCUCGCUCCGCGUCAGUGUCAUGACAACAGCGUCAUGGCUUCCAGCGCCACAGCCACAAACGUCGCCGACUGAGAUUUUGACCGGGUUUUGGGUUUCCUGUACGUUAGCAGUUCGCUGAGGUUCGUCAUGUCUCUGUUCAAGGCCCGAGACUGGUGGUCUGUCCAGCUGGGCAAGGGUGAGGAGUUUGACCAGGGAUGUGUGUGUGUCGGAGAUGUAGACAACAGCGGAACCGGCCAUGACAAGAUUGUGGUGGGCAGCUACAUGGGGAUGCUGCGCAUCUUUGCCCCCCGUGGCUCUGGAAACGUGGAAGAUGGUCAAAGUGCAGCAGAAGCUCAGCUUCUGGAGGUUCAGCUGCCUAAUGCCAUUAUCCAGGUGGAAGUGGGAAAGUUUGUGUCGUGUUCUGAUCUCCUGCACCUUGCCGUUCUUCACCCCAGAAAGCUGUCUGUCUAUUCCGUGUCAGGAACGUCUGGAAACGUAGACCAUGGCGACCAAUACCAGCUCAAACUGGUCUAUGAGCACAACCUUCAGAGGACGGCAUGUAACAUGGCCUUUGGCCCUUUUGGAGGCGUCACGGGUCAUCACUCGCUGUGCAUCCAGUCGAUGGACGGCAUGUUGACGUUCUUUGAGCAGGACAGUUACUCCUUCUGCAGGUCACUCCCUGGUUUCCUGCUACCAGGUCCACUGGUCUACAACCACAGAACCGACAGCUUCCUGACGGUGUCCUCUGCUCGUCAGCUUGAGAGCUUCAAAUAUGAGACCUUGGCUGUGGCCUCAGAUGCAGACACACGGCAGGAUCCAGACAUGCCAAUCAAGAGUGGAGGGAAAAGGCUGAGCCCUGACUGGGUUCUGGUUCUUGGUGAGCAAGCUCUGGACAUCUGUGUGCCGUCCUUCUCUCACUCAAGUUCCUCCAUCUUUGUCCUCGGCGAGAGAAACCUCUAUUGUCUCCGGGACAACGGUCAAAUUCGCUUCAUGAAGAAGUUGGAAUUCAACCCAAGCUGCUUCUUCCCUUACGCCUCAGUGAGUGAUGGGACGACCAACAUGUUGCUGGGCAACCAUACCAACAUGCUGCUAGUCUACCAGGACGUGACCCUGAAGUGGGCGGCUCAGCUGCCUUUUGUGCCGGUCACCAUCAAACUGGCAAAUUUUGUGGAUUUGAAAGGGGUGGUAGUUAGUCUAAGCUCGGACGGUCACCUGGCCUGCUCCUACAUGGGGACGGACCCCUCGUUCUUCUCCACCCCGAAGGUGGAUGCUCGGGAAGUGGACUACGAGCAGGUGGAGGCCAAGAUGAAAGAACUGCAGAAGGUCAUCAGGGAGGUCAGCAGGACUCAGGACAUUCUGCCAAAAAGUGGCACUGAGGAUGAAGUGACCGUCAAUGUUGCUGUGUCACCCAGCAUGGACCACCCGUCUCAAGCGCUGGUCCAGGAUAUGGGUGGUUUGUCUGUCCCAUCGGUGAGCGUCCAGGUCACGGUGAAGGCUAGUCAGGCUGUUCAGAGACCAAAAGUGACCAUCAGCGUUCAUCCUCCUCUCAGAGUCACACAUGACCAGUUUGUCUUGGAGCCUUUAGGUGUCGGAGCGUGUAGUAUGGUGAAGUUCUCCGUUUCUCUCCAUGGACACUAUCCACCCGCCGACCUGAGUGGAGACGUGACUGUGACCUUCUGCCUGCCGACAGAUCUUAGCCCUGAAGGAGUACCGCGAGUUCUUCAGUCCAGGUUCAGCCUUCCUCUCACACUGGUGUGUGUCGCCACCACACCCACCAAGUCUCCCAAGUUCAAGAUCACCUUGGAAACCAACAAGCCACCCGUUGACCUGAGUGCCAUCUUCCCAGAGUUCGCUCCCGAGUCUGAGGAGAAGGAUGCCAACAGCUUGUCUCUGCAGCUGCUGUCAGGAGCAAAGGUCGCUGUGGUGGCGUCCAAGUCCUCACAGCGCUACCGUGUGCAGAGCGAUGUCUUCGAGGACAUGUGGUUGGUGGUACAGCAGCUGCUCCUCAGAUUGGAUCAGCAUUUCUCCAGGAUGGGAGUCAAAGACUUGAAGAAGAGCUUCAGUGGCCCCCUGCCUCUGCAGGACUACUUCAUGUCUGUGGAUCAUCACUUCCAGCUACGCGUCAGUGCUCAGCAGAACCAGGAUCUGCUCUCUGAGCGAGCUGUCCAGUUCAGAGCCAUUCAGCGUCGCCUCCUGACCCGUUUCAAAGACAAGACCCCGGCACCGCUUCAGAACCUGGACAUGCUUCUGGACUCCACCUACAGUCAGGUAAUGGUGCUGGCGGACGCGGCACAGGAAAACCAGCAGCAGUUGGACGAGGCGUUUGUCCGUCUGCGCAGCGCCACCUACCUGCUGGUGCUGCUCACGACACUGUGGCAGAAUCUGACCCCAGAACAGUCGAAGAUCCUGGAGGCCACGCUGCUGCCCCUGCUGCAGGACACCCCACAACUGGGCUGGGAGGAGAGCUGCGACGCCGCGGUGGCUCAUCUGCUGCGCUCUUGCCUGUCCCGGAGCCCGAAGGACCAGGCCACCUCCCUGGCCCAGACCGGAGGGCCGCUUCUCGGCCUGCCUCGCGACACCACCCGCCUGAAAAAGCACAUCACCCUGCUGUGUGAGCGCAUCGGCAAAGGAGGGCGCCUCUCACUGGCCUCUGAGACCAAUGUGCCCCUUCCCGCUCAGGUUCAGAACCUGGCUGCUCCUGGGGGGGUGGAGCCUGAUGGGGAGACAGCAGGUGACGUGGAGGAGGUCCAGCAAGAGGCGACAAAGAUCAUGAAGCCGCCAAAGAAAGUAAAGAAAGAAAAAGAGAAGGAGGUCAAGGAGCCGAGGGAGGCACUGGUUAAUGAGAAAACACAGGACGUUGUCAAGGUGGCAAAGAGGGAGACAAAGGAGGAGAUGAAGAAGGAGUCAAGCAAGGACACAAAGGAGGAAACCAAGAAGGAAUCUAAGAAGGAGUCGAGCAAGGGAACAAAGGAGGAGACCAAGAAGGAGUCAAGCAAGGGAACGAAGGAGGAGACCAAGAAGGAGACCAAGAAGGAGUCGAGCAAGGGAACAAAGGAGGAGACCAAGAAGGAAUCUUUAAAUGAGCGAAAGGAUGCACAAAAGGAGUUUGGAGAAAAGAAAGUGUCAAAAAGGUCAUCAGUGAAAGUGAAGGAGAAGAAGGAGGAGGAGGAAAAGGCAGGAGACGGAUGAGAGGAGGACGCUCUCCAAGCGCUUCAGGGUUUCUGGACGCGUGUGUGUGUAUUUGAAACAAGAAAACGCACACAGACGCACUGAGCUGCUGCACCACACAGACACACACACCACACCCAGUGUGUGUGGUGUGGUGUGUGUGUCUGUUGACCAGCAAUUACUAAAUUCUGUCUGGCAGGAAGCUGGUCACUGCGGCCUCGACACAGAAUAUUUACAUGUCGAUGUAUAUUUAGGAGCGCGUGUGUGCGUGUGCGUGAGGCCGGACUCCUUGUCUCCUCACUCAUCUUCUCUGACCCAGAGAAACCUGGAGUCUGGCCGCCGUCACCUGCAGACACACACACACACGCUGGAUGAGAGGGCCGCUGUGCUUGGAUUGGUUCGCUCCAGGACCAUGUGACCUCUGACCUCACCUGACCAUAGGAACUGUGGGUUAGUUACGGGUUUGUUCACAAGUCUGAAUAAAAUAUUGUUGACCAUUUGCUUUGCUAUUGCUAUGGCAACCACGGCGCUGCCACCACCGUCUCUGAGCACAUCGUCUUCCAACCGUGGCCCCCCUUCAUGUGCCC